GAAUGGCAGAGAACGCUCUGGCUGCCCCGGCUUGGGGCUGAGUGAGAGAGGGACAGGAUUCCCAAAGUUUUCAGACGUCCUACCUACUCUCCGUCCCAUUAUUGCCCGCUAUUUUAAGUGUUUGGGAGCCGAGAGGGACCAGAGAAAGUUUAAUUUGUGUUGGAGCAGGAGCACUUGUGGGACUUGAGUUCAAUGGGAGUGUAAGUAAACUUCCUUCACUUAGUGUGUACAUUUCAAUGGGCAGCUGUUGUUGGGAGACCGUUGUUAAACGCAGCCCAUACAGUACGCGCUUUAGAUGAAAAGACUCACUAUAUUAGCAAACCUUGUGAGUUGGCGGUGUUUUUGCAGGCACGACUAGCAAGCGAGGUUUCUUGUUGAGAUUGAUUGGGACUUUAUGGUAGGCUAUGGCAGUUGAAGGGAAGGACCAUUAGGCUUUUGGAUCUAGGCUAUUUUAUUCUUUAGUAGCCUAUUCUAGAAACUCUAUUUUAUUUAUUAAUUUAAUACAUUUGUUUUCAACAAACACACCCAAUUGUGAUGAAGUUACACACAAUUAUUGUCUGUAAUGCUCCCUAAUAUUUUCACCAAAUUAUGACUAAUUAGAAAUAAUGGGUGUAUUCCUAUGGCAGUGUGUUUUGAUUAUCGUUAGGCAAUAGAUAUCUAUAGUCAUCUCAUUUUACGCAUUUAAAAAACACUUUUACAGGAUAAAAACAAUUCAAGCAUAAGCUCAUGCUGUUGAUUGCAGAUAACAUAAACAGUAACCAUAUUUUUGGGGCAAGACUGACACACUGCACAAGCUAAGCAAAGUGAACAAACCACCAACCCGGCUCUCUACAAAAACAAGCUGAUUCGAACGAAAUUCGCUUUGAGAGACCAUGUUACUGGACGCAGGUCACCAGUUCCCCGGACUGGGAGUUGGCACGUUUGCCAGGCAUCACACAGCGAGCGAGAUGCAGGAGAGAGACUUGAGUUUAGCACAAAAUAGCUUCGUCGACUCGGCACACAUGGGUGCCUUUAAACUGAACCAUGAUCUUUCUCCGGGACAGAGCUCAGCCUUCACCUCUCAGGCGCCCGGCUACCCCACAGCAGCAUUGGGUGCACACGCCGCCCAUGUCACCUCGUACGCGAGUUCCCCAUUCAACUCCACCAGGGACUUUCUUUUUCGCAGCCGCGGCUUCGGAGAAUCCUCUCCGGCGAGCAGUCAGCACGCUAUUUUCGGCCCCACUACCGGGUCUCUCCAUCAUUCCCACACAGACAGUCAAGGCCACAUUCUGUUCCCCGGGAUUCACGACCAGCAUGGGUCCCACGGAUCCCCGAAUGUGCUCAACGGGCAAAUGCGUAUUGGACUACCAGGUGAGGUUUUCGGGCGUUCCGACCAGUACCACCAGGUCUCCAGCCCAAGGACCGACCCUUAUUCGGCCGCCCAGCUCCAUAACCAGUACAGCAGCAUGAAUAUGAACAUGGGUAUGCACAUGGGAGCUCACCAGCACCACCCCGGUGCCUUUUUCCGCUACAUGCGGCAGCAGUGCAUCAAACAGGAGCUCAUCUGCAAAUGGAUCGACCAGGAGCAGCUAAGCAACCCCAAGAAGAGUUGCAACAAAACUUUCAGCACAAUGCAUGAGCUGGUCACGCACGUCUCCGUGGAGCACGUCGGAGGACCGGAGCAGAGCAACCACAUUUGCUUUUGGGAAGAGUGCCCCCGCGAGAGCAAACCGUUUAAGGCAAAAUACAAACUGGUGAAUCACAUUCGGGUCCACACGGGAGAGAAACCCUUCCCCUGCCCCUUCCCUGGAUGUGGCAAGGUCUUCGCACGGUCGGAAAACUUGAAGAUUCACAAGCGCACACAUACAGGAGAGAAACCAUUCCAGUGUGAGUUUGAAGGCUGCGACAGGCGGUUUGCCAACAGCAGCGACCGAAAGAAGCACAUGCACGUUCACACGUCAGACAAACCAUAUCUUUGCAAGAUGUGUGACAAGUCCUACACACAUCCCAGCUCUCUACGAAAACACAUGAAGGUCCACGAAGCGGCCCCCCCUCCAGCGUCCGACUCCUCGCCUGCAGCCAGUUCUGGUUAUGAAUCGUCCACUCCACCCGGUCUCGUCUCCCCUAACACCGAGACCCAAAGCAACAACAAUCUGUCCCCCGCAGUCCACAACAACCACAAUGGUCACAGCAGCCUAUCGUCCAAUUUCAGUGAAUGGUAUGUUUAGGACUGAACCGAAAAGCGAAUACAAGACCAUUGCUCAGAACCCCUACCAGCGCAGGAGAUUCGGACACUUGUGCACCGAGGAGAGCACGAAUAACCUACUAUGAACGCUUCAAAAUCAUAAAAAGCGAUUCAAAACCACCAGGGAAGAAAUCUCACUUACCAACAGAAGAAAAUAUGUGAUAUGUUUAAGCUGUAUUCAAUAUAUUUGUAAAUAUUACACGCCCUCUUUCCCAUUGGUUGUGAUAGAUUUUUGUCAGUCUGUGGUGUAUAGAUGUUCCUUCAAUGGUAGCUAUUUCUCUAACUGGACUUUUAGUGCACAUUUUACGAUUCAAGUUGUAUUAUGAUGUUAAAUGUUGUGAUCCUAAGGCAAAUUGAUUGUAACUAUACUAAACAUCUAUAAACUGGAAAGAGUGCCAAAGUCAACACUUAACUCAAACAGACCACAAUAUUUUGCUUGUGAAUGUAUAUUUAGUUUGCUGGGCUUAACUUGUGAUGUUUUGUGUUUUGGAAGUUUUGAAUUGUGAAAUGCUAUCUGGAAGAUUGUGAGGAAAAUAAACGUUGUGCCGUUGGAUUUUCUGUACCCCCUUCCUUUUGUAAAUAUCGACUGCCUUAUUUAUCCGUUUGUAAUUAAAUUAUGGUAUUUACUUGCUACAGAUGAAACAAUAUUUAUAAAGAAUGUUUCUUUACUAUAAAUAUGUACAAUUAUGAGCUAAACACGGGCAGUUGUUUUGUUAUGUGUUUUUGUUCAAAGUUAAAGAGGUGUUUUCUUCAUUAUUGUGAUAAGAAUUUUACUGCAUACAAAUAUAAUAAAAAGUGUUGCAAGCGUUAAAAAA